AUGGAUUUGGAUAAGUCUUGGAUUGAUUUGCCUCGAAAUACACAACAAUACAUGGAUGGAUUGAAUAAAUUUUUGGACUUUGCAUUUGCUAAUAAGAGCGUUGAGGGUAAGAUAAUUUGUCCAUGUCCGAAAUGCAAUCUUAACAAAUGGCAAACUCGAGGAGCAACAUAUGAACACUUAAUUCUUCAUCCUUUUCCAAAAGGGUAUACAUUUUGGCUUCUACAUGGUGAGACAAAUUAUGUACAACAUACGAUUUCAACACCUCCAAUUUUCCAAUCGAGUGAGGAUACAGGUUUUGCUAAUGAUCCCAUAUGUGGCAUGGUUAAUGAUGCAUUCGGGAAUUUUGUAAACAAUGAUGAGAAUAUGCGACCUGAAUCAAGCCACAUGAUGCCUGAUGAAAUUGCUCAGUAUAUGAAGUUUAUGCAUGAGGGACAACAAAGUUUGUAUGAAGGAUGUGACAAAUAUUCUAAACUUUCUUUCUUGCUCAAAUUAUACCAUAUCAAAUGUCUAUGCAGAAUGACUGACAAGGCAAUGUCAAUGAUACUGGAGUUGUUAGCAGAUGCUUUUGAUUAUGCUAAAAUCCCAUCUUCAUUCUAUGAAGCUAAGAAAAUCAUUAAUAAGCUUGGCCUUCAUUACACCAAAAUUGAUGCUUGCCCAAAUGAUUGCAUGUUAUACUAUGGAGAAGAUAAAGAUAGGGAAUUUUGUAUGAAAUGCAAUGAAUCUAGAUGGAAGAAAACAAAGAAGAGCAAUAGUAUUGUUGGUGUUACUAAAAGACAAAAGAAAGUUCCAGCUAAAGUUUUAAGGUAUUUUCCAUUGAAGCCGCGCUUACAACGAAUGUUUAUGUCUUCUAAAAUAGCUGAGCAUAUGCAAUGGCAUGCAUCAAGAAGUACACAUGAAGGCAUAUUAAGGCAUCCAAGUGAUUCUGAAGCAUGGAAGAACUUUGAUCUAAUGAAUCCUCAAUUUGCUUCAGACCCUCGAAAUGUCAGACUUGGUUUGGCUACUGAUGGGUUCAAUCCAUUUGGUGAUUUGAGUACAUGUCAUAGUACUUGGCCUAUUGUACUUAUACCUUACAAUCUUCCUCCUUGGAUGUGUAUGAAGCAAAGUUCAUUCAUUCUUUCCAUGAUCAUUCCUAGUAAAAGACCACCAGGAAAUGAUAUUGAUGUAUAUUUAAGGCCAUUAAUAGAAGAAUUAAAAGAGCUAUGGAACAUUGGGGUUGAAACUUUUGAUUCACAUAAGAAAGAAGUGUUUCAUAUGCAUGCAGCUAUAUUAUAG